CUCGCUGACAAAAACUUCAUUGUCCUCCUUUCUUCAGCAGGUCCUUUCCCGCUCCGCUCCUUGACUCCUCCCACAAGCUACACUCUUUCAGUACGAGAAACGAGUCUUUCUUUUUCGUCUACCACUCCUACUACAUCCUUGACGGACUCGAAAAGUCUUCCGUCCUUCAUCACUGCUUCCCCCACUCCAAGUCCUUGUUGCCAUCACGAACUCAGCGCGCGCUACGAGACGUCAGACAGAUCCAACCAUGUCUGAUUCUGCUGAGAAAGGCAACGAACUGGCGCCUGUCCUCGCUGGAAUGCAGCAAGAGGAAAACGCAUGUGUCCUUAGCCCGUCUGGAGAUACCAUUCUCCACGUCGGACUGAAACCAUGUAAUCAUAUCUUGGUUUCAUCCAGGGUUAUGGAGACUGCUUCUCCUAUCUUCGCGAUUAUGGUGGCCAGGGCUCGCAUGCGACAGCGCCCCCGCCAUGCCCGUCUGCAUAUCCGCUUCAAGUACGACAAUCCGUUUAUUAUCAAAGUCCUGUUCUCAAUCCUCCACGAGAUCGAGAUGUUCCUGGUCCACGACUGGGAUGUCAAUGUCCUGUGGGAUCUGAUCCGUGUGGCUCAGAACUAUCACUGUGCCCCUCUUCUUCUCGAAUUCAUCGACGGGUUGUAUCCAAUCUUCGCGCCCCUCGUCUCAAUCGGCUUCCCUGGCAUCGAAGACGUUAAUCCAGUUGAUCGUUUCGAAGAACAGCUCAAAUUGGUCGCCAUCAGUAUGACCGUCGACAGCGACAUGAUAUUCACUGAGCUCACUAAAACCAUGAUCUCGGAAUACGUUCCGGGACUCGCAGAAGAAGUGGGCCUUGACUGGUCGAUCCUCAGUCCCGAAGUUUACGGCUACGUCUUCGAUGCCAUUAAGGUCCUCUCUCAGGACUUCAAGGACGACCUGCAGGAAGGUCUGGACCGUAUUGAGGAGACCGUCACGUCCAUUGCUGAGAACGUCGAUGGAUCAACCAGUCGCUGCCCUCUGUCCUUCAUUAACUGCUUCAAGUAUACUCUGCAGUCGAACGGACCGAUUCCAAGCUCAGCCGCAGUGUAUGAGGUCCGUGAUGUCCUCAAAAGAUACGUCUGGUCCUUGGAUGGAAGAUGUCCGUCCCGCUGCGCCAGCUGUGAUGCACUCAAAGAAGUCAAGAAGCAGCUGAACGAUCUCUUGCACUUGACCGAUGUCACCGGUCUUUGCCUGAGCGACUGGCUUCAAUGUGCUCCCUCGGCCACCAGGGCUGGCACCCCGUUCACCUGCUCUUCCGACGAUGGGUGGUAAACAUGAAAGCGACUAAGCUCACUCAGAAGGGUCCAGUAGAGAUCUGAUGACAGCAAUUCUCUCUUUAUGUCCACUAAAGAUCUUUUCUAUAAGAUCAUUUCGACGACUAUCAUGUGAACAUUAUGCAACAGCUCAUGGAGCUGUCAGUUGGGA